UACUACUACGGCCUUGGGAGAUUGUCCCACCCCCCCCCCCGUCUUUCGUUCCUGAUAACGGCUUCCUUUGUCACCACCACCCGCGACGCGAUCGGACAUUCUGCGCCGUCUUUCCCAUUCCCCUGGUAUUCGCAGCCCCUAGAGGUGCUUCCCUCACCGUGAUCUGGGAAGAGCCUUGAACUUGCAGGUCUCCCCGCGAUGACAACUGUUUUACCAACUCCGAACUCCCCUCCCGACCUAUCCGGGUCUAAAUCCUCCAAGUCCUCCUCCUUCCGUUCCUCGUCUCAGCACUCCGGCCCCGAGGCCAUCUUCACCGAUAUCGCCAACUUCGAAGAGGUGGAUCUCCAGGAUGAGGUGCAUGUGUCCUACGUGAAGGGUGCGACCCCGUACAUCCGAAAUGGCGGGAUCACACGGGCUUCCGCGGCUAUCAUGCAGACCAAGUCUGCGGUUGCGACCACCCGCGAUCUGACAGCCACGAAGACGAGGGCUUCGAUGCCGAAGCAGGUCAAUGGGACCUUGGCCCAGCCGGGACGCGGUGGCCCCAAGCACCGCACCGGCAACAAGCGGGAUCCUGCCCCGACCAAGCAAGCUGCCCUUCAAGUGAUGAAGGCUCCUCGUUCGCGAUCUACCUCUCCACUGCGACCACCCUCGAGUUUGGGCACCUCGCCAUCAACCCAUAGCCUGUCGCUGACCCCAGUCAAUACCCAGACGCUCAACCGCAAACCCUCCUGGCAGCGGCCUCGCAAAACCGUCCAAGACUUGGAGGAUGAAUACCACGACUCCGAUGAGGAGUUGCCCGAGGAUGCCAGUCUCUGGAAUGUCCCCAUCUCCCCACGGCCGGUUCAGGACCGAGCACCAUCCCGGGCCCCAAGCCCGAAUGGUCGGAGUCCUGGGCCUCGCCCCCUACCCUUGUCGCAUUCGGUUUCCGAUGCCACCGUCCCCCGGUCGCCCUCCGGUUCCCGAUCACCUACCGCCCGGACCAAUCGGUCCAGCUCUACCGGACCCGAACGCGGCCAGAUCUCGCCCCGCAACCCGCGUGCCUACUCGUACAACAACAUGAUGUCUGAUCUGUCAGAAGAGGCCAAGAUCAUCACGGAGGCCUUGGAAUACCAUGCGGAUGAGCGCCAGCGCAAACGGGGCGAGCACCUGCAAAGCGGGCUCUCCUCCCUACGAUCCAGCGAGGAGUCUAAGCGCGGAUCCAAGAGCACCAUUGAGCUACCUCCGUUGCAGAAAUCCAACAUCAUGAUCGACCCGUUGCCUCCCAGCAAGGAGAAGGAGAAGGUUCUCACGCGGACGCGGCCCAGCUGGCUGCCCCCGAAGGAUCAGAAGGAGGAGAAACGGCACUUGAAGGAAUACAAGCGCAUGAUGGCGCAAGCGCGGGAAGCCGACAAGCGCCGCGCUGCUAAGGCUGCAUCCGAGAAAUGCGAAAAGGAUAAUACCCGCGAGACACUCCAGCAGAUCUGGGACGAAUAUGUAUACCCUAACUGGGAUAAUGUUAUUAAUGAAACCCGCACACGGGAGUUGUGGUGGCGUGGUGUACCUCCUCGGAUCCGGGGAUCGACCUGGCAGCGGGCUAUCGGCAAUGAGCUGGCGCUCUCCGAAGAAACGUUCAAGAAGGCCCUGCAACGGGCCAAGGACGUACGGUCCCGGUCCGAAGGCGACUCUGGUGAGAGCAACAAGCGAAUGCGGGACUGGUUUGAGGCAAUUGAUUCGGACGUGUCCACGGCGUUCCCCGAGCUGAACCUCUUCCAGACGGGAGGACCGCUGCGCGAUACGUUGAUCGAAGUCUUGCAGGCAUACUCGAUGUACCGGAGCGACGUGGGCUAUGUCAGCGGCUUGCAUACAAUCGCCGCCCUCCUCGUCUUGCAAUUCCCGUCGCCCUCGUCCGCCUUCCUGGCCAUGGCCAAUGCGCUCAACCGGGCGCUCCCUGUUGCUUUUCUUACGUUGGACCGCGGGGCAAUCGGUCGUACAUAUACACUGGCGUCUGCGACGCUGAAAUACAAAUUCCCUCGUCUGCUGACGCAUCUGCACGAGACGCUCCGCCUGAGCGACGAAGAGAUCUGGGAACCCAUGUUCCGGUCCCUCCUGACGAACGGGCUGGACUUGGAGCGCCUCAGCCGGGUCUGGGACUGCUGGGUGUUCGAAGGCGACCGAAUUAUGAUCCGGGCUGCGGUGGCGAUCCUGGGAUGCCUGCAACUGCAGCUGUUCGGGUACACGAAGCCAGACGACCAGAGUCGGAAGGCCGUGCAGGACAUUCUCAGCUGGGGACCCCGACAGGGGGGCACUCGAGUCCAGGAGCGACACAGUGCCCCGGCGGCCUCUACGACUGGAUUCGGAGGGGGGCAGAUCGCGUUAGGGAUGGGCGACUACUGGAUGCUCGGCUCGGCGGGGGAUGAAGACGGGUUCAUGCAGGUGGUGCGGGAGGCGGGCAAGGUGCGGUGAGGUCGAGGAUGACAGUAUUUCCUUCGUUGCAUAUAUUUACUAGUGGCUCGGUCAUGCCGGGUGUUAAUGAUGGACUGGGCUCCUGUUGGAUUGUAUGAUAUAUAUUUGGUGGUUGGGAAGUUGGGCCAAGCCAGCCCUGUAGUACUUAUUGUUAGGGAUAUAGAUAGAGUACCAGUAGUUAUAUAUCACAGCCUGGCUGUUUACUUUUAG